UAUAAAACGUCAAAAUCCACGUGUUGUGUGCAAAUUGUAAACAAAAAUUUUCGCGAGAAAGUUUUUCGUGAAAAAUAGUGUGAAAUGUUGCGGAGACAGGCAAGAUUGAGGCGGGAGUACUUGUACAGGAAGUCUGUGGAGGGAAAACAUAAGGCAUUGCAGGAGAAGAAGGAUCGGAUAAAGAGAAGUUUGGAGGAAAAUAUCCCCAUUCAUGGAGAUCUUCAGCGUGAAGCUCUGUCGCUGCAGGAAAAGCUCAAAUGGUCUGAUGCUGGACCCAGUGCUGCUGCUGAAAUUGGUGGUGUCAGUGGUGGGGCAAAUACAGCUAAUUCCCAGGAUGAUGAGUAUCGCUAUGCGGGCUGUGAGGAUCCCAAGAUCAUGAUCACAACAUCCCGAGAUCCCUCAGUGAGGCUCAAGAUGUUCGUGAAGGAGCUUCGGUUGAUCUUCCCAAAUGCCCAGCGCAUGAAUCGCGGGAAUUACGAAGUGAAGCAAAUGGUACACGCGUGCCGGGCUAAUGAUGUCACAGACUUCAUUGUUGUGCACGAGACGCGUGGUGUUCCGGACAAUCUGGUGAUCUGCCAUCUGCCUCACGGGCCCACAGCCUUUUUCAACAUCUCCGGCGUUGUUAUGCGGCAUGACAUUCCCGAUAUUGGGCCAAUGAGUGAGCAGAAGCCACAGCUGAUCUUUCACAACUUCAAAACUCCUCUCGGCAUGAGGACAAUGUCCAUCCUGAAGUAUCUCUUCCCUGUACCCAAGGAAGAUUCCCGGCGCAUCAUGACCUUUGCCAAUCACGAUGAUUUCAUCUGCUUCCGGCAUCACACGUACCAGCGCAUCAAUGGGAGGGUGGAGCUCACUGAAUGUGGCCCAAGAUUUCAACUCAGCCUCUAUAGGAUUCAACUUGGUACGCUUGAUGAGCUUGAUGCCACCGACACAGAGUGGACUCUGCAUAGGUACAUGAACACCACGGCCAAGAGGAGAUUCCUUUCAGAUGACGACGGCUGGGAGCAGGAUGAUGAUGAAUUGCAAAUUAAUUCAUAAAAAUUUAAGAAAAAAAAUAAAGAAUUUUUCAUAAAAAAA